UUUCCUCUUUCUUUCCCUUUCUUUUGGCACCAUAAUUUCCUGCUCCUGUUUCUUGUGCUUUUGACGCAUUUCCGGUUCGAGCACGUUCGUCCCAUCACUCCGAACGCAUUGAUUUGUUGUCCGGGACCCUUUUCUUGUGUCAGGUCAAUUCCCCUGUAAAGUCGAUCUUUCCUCCUCUUUUUCCGGGGAAAGAAUGUCCGGAUUCGGUGUCGGGGAAUGUUCAGCUGUUCCUGGGUUUUGACUUUUGGGUGGGGGAAACGUUCCGAGGGGAUCGUCGUCUGCGAAUUUCAAGUCGUGGGUAUGGAGAAGAAGGAAGCAAAUUGGAUGAGGAUGUGAUCAAUUCGCGAACUUGGGGGGGCGUCUGGAUCAAGAAUGGUGCUCUGAGAGAGAGAGAGAGAGAGAGGGAGAGAGAGAGAGCGAUUUGGAGGUUCUUAUCUGGUUGCUUCUGGGGUGCGUCUUCGUAAUCCACGAAUUCCGCAAGUGAUUGUCAAGAGUGUCACAUCAAAGCUCAAUUUUGCUUUGUGUGUUUUCAACCUCUUGUUUUGUGUAAAGUAGUAGGUUGACCUUCACUUGCCCAGAAUUAAGGUUGUCCCCAAUCGGAACCAACUCUUUUGCCUCUCUCUCUCUCUCUCGUUGGAAUCACCAAGAAGUGAGAUUCUUUCGUUGCAACCAAUUCUCGCGUGUGAUUGUGAUUUCUGUGAGAGACUGUCGUUGGUUGUUGUUAGUUUGGUGAAGUUGAAGGAACUUUUCUUUUCCCAUUUUCUUUAACCCGGAGAGGCACGGUUUUCUCAUUUCUCCGAGUACCCUUACUUUUUUAUCAGCUUAUUGUACAGACCAUUUGUGAUAAUCAGACCUCCUUCGGUAGUGCCCUUCUCUAAGUGAAAGUCUUGGUAAAAUCAAGAAGAAGUUCUCCCUCUGCAAAGACUCGUUAUCUUUGGGGGGAUUGCUUAAUCUGAAAGGAUCAUGAGGCUAUUGAACCUCGUGGGCAAUUCCUUCGGAUGCUCGGCAUCGGGGGAACGCCUAGUUUCGGCAGCAAGAGAUGGCGAUCUCCAAGAAGCGAAGGCUCUAUUGGAGUAUAAUCCUCGUCUUGUGAGAUAUUCAACUUUCGGGGUUCGUAAUUCGCCUCUCCAUUAUUCUGCCGCCCAAGGCCACCAUGAGAUAGUUUCGUUGCUGCUCGAGUCUGGAGUGGAUAUCAAUCUCAGGAAUUACCGCGGUCAGACUGCUUUGAUGCAAGCGUGUCAGUAUGGUCACUGGGAAGUUGUUCAGACUCUUAUUCUUUUUAAAGCUAAUAUUCACAGAUCAGACUAUCUAAAUGGGGGUACCGCCCUUCACUUGGCUGCUUUGAAUGGCCAUACCCGGUGUAUCCGACUCCUCCUAGCUGAUUAUAUCCCUAGCAAACCUGAUGUGUGGAAUAUCCUAAGAAGAAGAUCCAACAGUGAGGAGCCUAUUGCAGAAUUUGAUGAACGUGCUCUUUCUCAGGUAAUUAAUAGACCUUCUGAUGGAGGCAUUACCGCACUUCACAUGGCUGCACUAAAUGGGCAUGUCGAGAGCGUGCAGUUACUCUUGAACCUGGGAGCAUCUGUUUCUGUGGUCACUGUGGAAGAUGGGACUACAAUUGAUCUGAUAGGUGCUGGAAGCACUCCACUUCAUUAUGCUGCUUGUGGUGGAAGUGCGCAGUGUUGUCAGAUACUGAUUGCCAAUGGUGCGAGUCUGUCUGUCAAAAAUGUCAAUGGGUGGAACCCUUUAAUGGUUGCUCGUUCAUGGCACAGAAAUUGGCUUGAGGAAAUUCUCAGCACACAACCAGAGGGUCGGAUUCGAAUUCUUCCCUCUCCAUAUAUAUCUCUUCCUCUUAUGAGCAUUGUUAGAAUUGCCAGAGAAUGUGGAUGGAGAGGCAAUGAUCUAUCGCCGACAUGCCAAGAUCCAUGCGUUGUUUGUUUAGAAAGGAAAUGCACUGUGGCGGCAAAAGGUUGUGAUCAUGAGUUCUGCACAAGAUGUGCCCUAUACCUCUGUUCCACUUCUAGUUCCUCGAUGGGUCAUGGUCCUCCCGGCUGUAUUGCAUGCCCUCUUUGUCGGCAUGGUAUAGUCUCAUUUGCAAAGCUUCCUGGGACAAGACCGAUGGUUAAUAAGGAGAUUGCCCGAACAAGUCUGUCCCUUACGUUCUGCACAUGUUCUGGGGAAGCUUCGGAGACUGCUUCUUUGACAACCCCGUUGUGUAAGCCCGCAUUUCAAUGCACGCGAAUUUCGCCGUUAGGAUCGUCCUUCCGGAGCUUGAGCUGCCAGAAGUUUCCGUCUAUGAAAAUUAAUGCCAGCCUCUGCAUGGGGACACCCGACACAAGACCCUCUCUGGUUCCUUGCAGUGUCAAACGAAACUUGAGGACCCAGCUGGUUCGAUGCUCGAGAUCUGGCUUAAGACGAUCAGUGUCUCACUCUGAGAGUAGAGGAUCAUGGUUCUCGGCGCUCAAUCAGUAUGUAGCGACAGGAAGCGGGUGCUGAAAGGUGCAUUAUUCUUGUUCUCUCUCCAUGUACAUUUUGGAGUGCAUCACUUUUCCCUUCCAUUCUUUUGUCAUAAUUUCACUGUGUCCGUAUAGAAUCUCUCGAAAUUUGUCUAUUUUCGGCUUGAUAUUGUUUUAACCAGCAUCCUGGGUAUCCCAACUUUCGAACCCGGGUCUCGUCCUUGGGGCCCCGCUCCCCCGGUUCACUGGGCUAUCUCCCCAGUUGACCUAUUGAGCUUGUAUAUACUGAAGCCAAUACUCCAAAUUAUUAAGUGAUUCAUAUGAUAUCAUGCAUAUAGUAUGCCCUUUUCUUCCCCCGAA